AUGGCCCAACGACACCGGAUUAGAAAUGACUCGGCCUCGUCCUUUGAGGUCCCAGUUCAUGAGACCCCUCGCUUCCAGAGGGUAUACUGGACUCGGGAGCCUCAUCUACGCAAACUCUAUGGCAUGGCCGCAAUAUUGAUGGUGGCCUCGGCAACGACAGGCUACGAUGGCAUGUUGGUCAAUACCUCACAGCAAAUAGACCUAUGGAGGUACUUUUUCUUUCCCGAACUGAGGGACAAGCCGAAUGGGGAUCCUAUCCUGGAUAGCAAACUGGCCAUCUUGGUCAACAUGUUCAACAUUGGGUCCAUUCUGUCCUUCUUCAUAACGCCUCACGUGGCCGAUACCUAUGGGAGGAGAUCGGCCAUUGUGGCCGGCUGUCUGUUCAUGAUAGGCGGCGGUCUCUUGACUGCAUUUGCCAACGGCUAUGGGAUGUACAUGGGCGGCCGUUUCAUGCUUGGCUUUGGCAAUUCUCUUUCCCAAAUGGCAUCGCCGCUCUUGCUCACCGAAAUCUGUCACCCGCAACAUCGAGGUCCCGUCACGGCCGUGUAUAACUGUCUCUGGAAUGCUGGUGCGCUGCUUGUAUCAUGCAUCGCGUGGGGCACCGCCAACAUCAAAAACGACUGGUCAUGGAGGUCCAUCACCUUUCUGCAAAUCGUGCCGUCAUUGAUUCAACUCACGGGCAUCUGGUGGAUUCCCGAAUCGCCGCGCUAUCUCAUCAACAAGGAUAGACCUCAGGAGGCGCUACACAUCCUGUCCAAGUGGCAUGCUGGGGGGGACAUAAACAACGCCACCGUUCAAUUUGAGUACCGCGAGAUUCGUGAAACUAUCCGGAUUCAAAAGGAGAACGAACAGUCCACCAGCUACAAGGACUUUUUCCGAACCAAGGGAAACAGAUGGCGACUGGCCAUCAUCGUAUCACUGGGUGUUAUCUCCCAGUACAGUGGGAACGCUUUAUUCAGCAACUACAUCGACAUGAUCUACAGGGGAGCGGGCAUCAACGACCAGAACCAGAAGCUGGCCAUGUCCACCGGCAAGACCAUCCUCGAUCUCAUCAUCACCAUCACCGCGGCGCUCAACGUCGACCGAUGGGGCAGACGGCCAUUAUUCUUGGUAGCCAUGGUCGGCAUGGUCAUCUCGUUUCUCUGCUGGACCAUUACCGGAAUUGUUUACGAGCAUAGCAAUCCAACCAACCUCACUGCUGGCUAUGUGCAGCUCGUCUUCAUUUGGGUGUUUGGCAUAUUUUACGACAUUGGGUUUUCGGGCCUGCUGGUGGCCUAUGCUCUCGAGGUGUUGCCUUUCCACCUCCGAGCCAAGGGGAUGAUGAUCAUGAACAUUACCGUGCAAGCCAUCUUGGCGCUGGGGAAUCAAACAAACAAAAUUGCAUGGGAAAGGCUACCAAAUCACUGGAAUCUCAUGCUGUUUUACACCAUCUGGAACUUUUUUGAGCUCCUGUUUGUGUGGUUCUUCUAUGUCGAGACUAAAGGGCCGACCCUGGAAGAAAUUGCCAAGAUUUUCGACGGAGAUGGUGCUAUUGCUCACAUCGACAUGCACCAAGUGCAAAAGGACAUCUAUCAGAAUACUCCAGACGAUCACGAUGAACUGCCAGGGAGGGCGUUAUAA